UAAAUCUUUCCAGCUAUAACAUUUUUUUCCCCAAAUCAUAGAAAUCCUAAUCCCUUCACGAUAACUGCGCGGUAAUGCUCUCUUGCAGGGCAAAUUGAUACACUUGCCGAAAAUUUAGUAGGUAGAUAAUUAAAUGACUUAAAUGAUACAAUUGACGUUACGUCAUAUUUCACCAAACCGUGCCAUUUUGCCCUGCAAAAGAGCAGUACCGCAGUUACCGUGAAGGGGUUAAUUAGUCUGGCAAACGGACUCGAGUGAACAGGUAGAUAGGGCGAAUGAACCCACUACCAAGAUAAGGUACGUAGAUUCUUAAUUAUACAAAUCAUGAUCACUGGACCAAUACUGGGGUUCUAAGAUGUGCUCAAAGUUCAACGACCUCAGACACAUAAAGUGAUAUCGACCUCGCAAGCUCAGUUGAUGUCACUUUCUGUGUCUUCGGUCGAUAUCACUUAACAUGGGUCCAUAUAACCACAUAUCGACCUACAAAAAUGUCCAUAAUUGUAUGAUUUUGACCUCUUAGGUCAUGUACUGAUGAAUAUAAAGUUCUGUUUCUUCUAGAUAGUUGGAUAUGAGUUAAUCAGAGAGGUAGAAGUUAAUCAAUCAUAUACAUAUAAUAAUUUGUGUUUGUUAAACCGUGACCCCUGGAGCAAUGCUGGGUCUCCAAGAGAAGUUCAAGGUAUAACAGAGAAAUAUAUAGGGAAAUGUUUAAAGAUAUUCUUAUUUAUAAUGCUUCAUUUAGCUACAUUACUCUGUAAGCAUUUUCAUGCAUACAAAUUACCAACAUAUAUCCUCAUAUCAAAGUCACAAGUCAAGAGCAUUUUUCACUUUUGACAUUCAUUUAUAUACAGUUUCUUAUACAAUUUUGUCAUCGUUGAUUAUACCUUUAUUGAGGCCUAAGAGAAUAAGAUUGUCCAUUUGAUGGACCUUAGAUCUAAGGUAAUGAGUGCUUGGAAUUUUUGUGAGUUUCUCAAUAUCUUUAAAGAGUUAAAUAUUAAAAAAAGAAGAUGGGUAGAAUGCCCAAACAAAGAUGGAUAAGAUACAUGUACUGUAAAAUAAAAAUAUCAACAAAUCUGAUAAGUCUUUAAAACAUCAUUCAAAACAAUGUAUAUUUUACAUAAAAUCGAUUUGUAACCCUUAAAUAUGUUCAGUACUUGGAAUAUGUUGAUUUAAACUGGGGAAUGCUUAUAAAAACUCAAAAUUGUGUCAUUUUUUAGAACUUUAAUGCCUUUUCUUUUUUAGAGUGGGUCAGUGCGCCUUAUUUUUUUCAUGGUCUGAAGGAAAACAAACCAGUUUCAAUCAAUGAAAACAUGGAGAAAUUGCAAUAAAUUGGAUCACAUUUGCAGCGGCUGCUCCUGAUGGAGGCAGAAAAAGAUAUAAAGUGUGGCUUUUGUCACCUUGGAGUUGAAGCGGAACCAGUCUGUGGCAAACUACAUCAUGACAACAAAAAUACUUCGGCCCAUCACAAGUGCAUGCAAUAUUCAGCUGAUCUUGUACAGUACAAGUUUACAAGUUUUGGAGGAUUUGAAAUCAACAAAGUUGAAAAAGAGAUACGCAGAGGCAAUAGAUUGAAAUGCUCUAUUUGCAAGACUGACAAGAGUAGACAGGGAAAAUGGCUGGGUGCUACAGCUGGUUGUGCUAUAUCCAAAUGUUCUAAAACCUUCCACUACUACUGUGCCAAGUUGGAUGAUGUGGCCAUCACAGAGCGCAGUAAAAACUCUACAAUUGUUAUGUACAGAGUGUUCUGUGGAGCUGACCAUUAUGAGCAAUUUAAUAAAAAUCUAAAUAAAGGUGCAUUAAAAAACCAGCAUCAGCAUUUAGUAAGGAAAUAUUCUGAAGAAGAGCAAGGAAGUGAUGAUGAAGAUAAUGCAGUACAUGCAGAACCAGACAGCCUGAACACACAGUAUGAUGAUGAUAUUUUAAUGAUAAGCCAGCUGUCACCAGAAAAAGACAUGGAUGAGGAAAUGUGCAGUACAUGUAGCAGCGAAGGGGAUGCAAUUACAAUGUCUGCUAGAGAAAGCAAGAAAUCAGAAGAGUCGGCUACACUAAAUGUUAAAAAAGUGUCUGAAGAUAAACAGAAAACCAAAACUAGCCCUUUGAAGAAAACACUAAGUCUAAACAAACAAAAUACAUCUAAAGAAGAUGAUGAGAUCGAUCUAAUUACAGAAAUCAGUGGGAAUGAGAAUGAUUUGCAAAUUGUGAAUGAUUCUAGUGAUUCUGAGCUGGAAGAUCCAUUUCAUAGCAAGGCAUUAGAUGUAAGUGACAGGCUGACGGACAUUAGAGGUGACAGGCGUCUAAUGAAUAGGUCACGGAACCCAAGUCCCGAACUGGAGGAUUCAGACACAAUUGAAAAUGAAAAUAACAGUGUACUAAAACAGAAAGAGAAAGCCAAAAAAAGCAAUGUUGAGGUUGUGAAUAAAAAAACAGAUGUUAAUGUUAAGAAAGGAAAUCAGGAGGCAGCUACACAACAGAGGACACAGGUCACAAAAAAUGGAAACAAAAAAACCCGAGCAGCAGAAAACCAAACAUUUUCAACCCCAAAGAACAACUCCCACGGAAACAACAAAACCUCAAAUGGAGCCCAGAGAUUCAUCACAGCUGAGCUACACAUCACAACUUCCCUGUCUUCCAUUGAUGAAGUUAACACAGAGGACCAGGCUACUAGUAAUGGCCAGGGGUAUAGUUCUGAUGAUGAAAUGGUUCAACAGACAAAUGUCUCCAAGAACUUGUGUAAUACCAGAGACAAGAGUAGUCCACAAGUCCUCCCCCACACACCAGGGAUAAGUUCAGAGUCGGAAUGGGAAGAAAUGGCCAAAUUUCCCACUUGUGCUUUAGCAAUUAGCAGUACAACCAAAGUUUGGCCAUCCAAAAAGAUCAUGAUAAUCCAAAAGGCCAGGGACAGCUUUGAUGUGGAGAAUGUUGCUAUCUGGACCAGUUCAGAAAGCUUUUCAGAUCAACUGACUGAAGACCAUCUUCCUCAUUUCAUAAAAAUUAUUACAAAUAUGGUCAGGAAGAGAAAGUUUAAGAAGCUUGGGGAUUUGUUGACAGAAACCAAUUGUCAGCUUAAUCAGAUGGAAUCAAUUGAACUUCUGCUAGACCUUCCAGAACAAAUUGUGAACAAAAUCAGGUCCUCAUUUCUGAGUGAAGUAAGGAAUGAAAAUGUCAAUGGAGAAGAGGUCCUCUUCAUGGAUGCCAAAUUAAAUACUCUGUUUUUAAAGUUGAACGACACUGUGGACAGAACAUGCAAGAUACGGAACAGACUUCUUCCAAAUGCCAAAGAAUCAUUGGGCCACCUGUAUGAAUGGACAGAUGCUACAACUGUGUCGACUACCCCUUUGAGCCAAUCAGAUUCUGAAUUUGAAUGGAAAGGAAUCUGUGAUUGGAUGAAUCGGGAAGGUUGGAACCAAUGUGAUUCAUACUUUUAUCCAUCAGAUGACAUUUUUCUUGCAUCCAAUGAAAACCAGGGUAUAAAAAAAUUAAUACAGAAUCAGUCUGAAAGAGAAGGCCAGGCCCUUAAUAGGAAAGUGUAUUUUGUCAAAGCGAUGAAAGACUUUAUGAAAAGUAUUACUUUUAUGUUUCUUCAAGAACUGAUUCGUUCUGCUUGUGCUGACACUAAACACUCUCUCAUAAUUUGUCCUGCGACUCAAAAUGCCAGCAAAGAGUCUCUUGUUCCAGCAGAUCUUGGGAGGGAAACCGUUGUUCAGAUCAUGAGUGCCUUCAAACCAUCCAUUAAGAGAGGUAUAUCCAUUAUUGUCAUCAGUCUGAGUAACCAAACUCCAAGGAGGAAGACUGUAGGUCAGAUGCCAGCAACAUCUUGUGAGGAUGAGAUUACCGUCUGUCCAGUGGUAGAACCGGUGAGGAGUGAUCGAAAACGUAGAGCAGUAGCUACAAAAUCCACCACACCACAACAGAAACGCAAAAAAUAGCUCCAAAUUUGUUAUUAAAACUAUCAACACUAGUCAUUUCAUGCUAUUCUUAAGUGAAUUAACAUUUGAGGCAUGAUUUUCUUGAAAAAUUUCAAUGACUCCCUUUUCAUUCAGUAUGAAUUUUUUGGAAGCAUUUCAAAUGACCAUGCAGUUGUUGUAAGCAUCGGAGUGAAAGUACCGUAAUUCUGACAUCAUGUUUAAGGCAGUACUGUUUGGUUUUAGAUGAUUCACAGUUUAGUUCAAACAUGAUACAUGUAUUGGAAUUUGGAGUUAACCAAUUUAUCAAAUUGUAUUAAUCAAUAUCAUACCACACUGUAUGAUACUGUAGGUAGUACAUAACUCAGGGAUGUACAUCUACAUGCCUAUUUAUAUUUUUUACGAUUUAUUCAGUGUGUGCAUGUGUAUUACCCACUAUGACUUUUUUUUAACAUGUUUUAUUAAUAAACUACAGUGUAAAACAGUGAAGUCAUACUAAAAAGUUGCAAACUAAAAUCCCACCAUGUAUCAUGAUCCUAUGACUAACAAACGGCAGCGGUUGAAAAUCUCAUGCAUCAAGUCACAGUUCACCAGUUUGUUGACAAUCGUGAGAAAAUCAUGACAAUUUUUUCAAAUUUAAAAACUUGUGUGCACAAUUUGUUACGAAUGUGGAGACUAAGGACAAAUGACAAUUUUUAUAUUUUUUGUAAAUUGACAUAGACCUGUAAUUCAUACUUUGUAUUUCAAUAUAUCUCUAUGAACUUUAGACCAGUGUAUAUUUUAUUAAUCAUGUUGGCAUUUAAUGAAGGACUCAGAAUGUGUUCAUGUAGGUGUUCAUGUAUUUUAUGUAAUAUUCAAUCUACAGCCAAAUGAUUCUUGGUACAUGUAUAUUAUAUCAGGUUGUCAAAAGUCAGUGUACGUAUUUUUUUUUUUAAUUCAAAUUUAUAUUUAAUAAAAAAUCAAUCUACAGCAAAAAGAUUCUUGUUAUAUCAGAUUGUCAAAGUCAUUAUUUUUUUUUACUAGUAUUUUGCAUUUGAUAACUUAUUAUAAGUAAUAAUCCUUUAUGACUAAGUUUGAAUUGGGCAUGGUCAUGAUGUGAACUACAAGUUUUGAUGCCCAAAAUUUGAAUGUUAAUUAAGUUGAAAUUUUAUACAGCUUUGUCCUUUUGAUUUAAUGUUUAGCAGAAUGAUGCUUUUUAGAAAAAUUGUUUGAUUUUCUUAA